GAGCAUUGCGGCUAUUGCUAUAGCAGCGGGAAGCACAACGGCUCUCGUUUGUGCUUAACCUCCAUCAUGGAAAGUCAGAGUCGCGUCUUCGCGGCGAUAGUACCGGCCGGGCGGGAGCUCUCCGGUAACGAAAAAGAGCAGGGGCUGGAAGUAAGAGCGGUUAGUCGGCAGAGUCCCGGCAAGUGUCUACGGGAGGUCCAGGUGACAGGGACAGCGGAGGUUCGCUGCCAGGCGGACCGAGCAUCGGUGCGAGUCAGCGUGGGCAACAGCAAGGAGUCCGUCAGCGAAGCAACCCACAGCGUUUCACGGCGACUUGGAUACAUUUUACAGGCUCUCAGACAACAUGACAUCAGAGAAGACGACGCUUCAGUGAGGAGGUUUCUCCACCGAGACGCAGACAUGUAUCGGAUGGAUGCAGAGGUCAUAGUGACUUUCUCAGACUUUGAGAAGAUGGAGCGAAUAUGUAGCAUCCUGCUGGAAAAGCUAGACAAGAGCGUUUCUGUGGGGACACCAGAGUUCUACCACAGUGCUGAAUGCCUGAGUCAAAUGAGGCUGCGUGCAUGUGUGUCUGCAGUCGAGAAUGCUCAGCUGAAGGCCAGCAAAGUCAGUCAGCUCCUGGGACAAAGUCUGGGACCCCCUCUGCUGGUUAGAGAGGAGGAAACCAAAGAAUGGAGGAGCAACGAGGACAACGGUGGUGGGGGGCAGGGGUCUGCAGCCCCUUCUCACUUUCCCAGCUUACCUACAGUCACUGCUUCCUCGCAGGUGUCCGUCUCCUUCAGCCUCAGAGACACGAGCAGGAAAAUGAGAUGACAGAUGUAAUGCUUAAAAAAAGUAUGGAUUUUCCAUAGUCAUUUUAAUUCAGCCAACACUUUCUUGAAAUAAAAAAAUAAUAAUUUUAUUUUGACUUUAAAAGCAAUUUAAAGAAUCUCAGUCUGUCAACGUUGUUGUUGUUCUUUUUACAUAUUUGGUUGACACUUUAAAUUAUUUUGUAUUUGUUGACUUCAGAGAAAUAAAUGUGGUAAUUCAGAAGCUUAAUCACAUUUCUUCAUCUUUGAUAAUUUAUCUUCAACUCUGUUAAAGGCAGGGUUCGAUGAUCACUCUUAACUCCUAUUUUUACUUGAGGCUAACGGGUCAAUGACUCUUAAAGACGGCAUUUCGUGUCCACUCGUCGGACUCCAGUAGACAAUCAAAAAGAAGAACCAGGCUGAAGAAAACCACAGAAGCCAAA